CCUCCACACUCUUUUACCCUCAAAACACAGUUGUCUCAUUAGUUCCAGGCUCCAACAAAAACAUGAAGAAACUUAUUCGACGUUUAUCGCGUGUAGCUGAUUCCUCCUCUAACUACUCCUUGCUCCGUUCUGAAUCCUCUCGUCCCCGUCGCCUCCAAUCCUUUCGUACCGGAAAGCUCAGAUCCGGCACCGGAGUUCCUGAAGGACACCUCCCUGUUUACGUCGGUGAUGAGAUGGAGAGAUUUAUUGUAAGUGCUGACCUUUUAAACCAUCCAAUUUUCGUUGAGCUCUUGAACAGAUCUGCUCAAGAGUAUGGUUACGAACAGAGAGGUGUCCUUCGCAUUCCCUGUCAUGUUCUCAUCUUUGAACGAGUACUUGAGGCUCUUCGGAUCGGCGAUGACCUUCAGGAUCUUCUCACUGCUCUCUCCGAUGACUUGCUUUAGCACAAAUUUUUUCUCUGAAUUUGCUCUGUUUUUUUUUCCUUAGCGCGGUUAGGUAGAGCAGAUCACUUUCUGUAAAUAUAUAUUCUGUCAUGGAAAAGGUGGAGGAGGAUUUCAGCUAGCAUGAAAUGUGAUUGACAUAUACUUAUUUUGUUAACAAUCAAGUUGCAAUUCAUCGUCUAAUUAAAUUAA